GAUUCCAAAACAGCUUUACCCAAACUAUCGUCUGAUACCUCUGACCUGACCGUAUUAGUGCUAGAAGACGAGCCAUCCGAACGAUUCAUUUAUUAGCUUCAGAAAAACCUAAAUCAGGCAAACACAACAUCUAUCAUCUUUGGAUUCAGAAUAAUAAUAUGGAUUCAGAAUUAACAAAUAAAAUAAAAGAAGCAGUGUUGGAAGUCCUUCAAAAUUCAGACAUGGAAUCCACCACUGAAUUUCAAGUCAGACAAUCAGCAUCCGAAAAGCUCGGAAUCAAUUUAUCUGAACCCGAACGGAAAAAGCUUGUACGGAAUAUCGUUCAGACGUACCUCGAAGAACAACAAGCUAAAGCUGAAGGUAAGGAAAAAAGUGAACAAGAUGAUGAAGAAGAAGAAGAACAAAGUGAAGAUGAUAAUAAGAAAAAAGGUGGCAAAGAAUAUGAUGAUGAAGGAGAUCUUAUUAUUUGCAGAUUGUCGGAUAAAAGAAGGGUGACGCUUACUGAAUUUAGAGGGAAAAGUUUGGUGUCAAUAAGGGAGUACUAUAGAAAAGAUGGCAAAGAGCUUCCUAGCUCUAAAGGUAUCAGUUUGACUGCUGAGCAAUGGACUACCUUCAGCAAGAAUGUGCCUGCAAUAGAGAAAGCUAUCAAGAAAUUGGAGGAAAGGAUGAACUAAAUAUCUGAUCUUUAAGGUGCAACUCAAAGCUUAACGGCAUUGUAGUAUUUAGAAAUAAACCCUAUCUAUUGUAACUCAUCGGGUUCCUAUUAUAGUGCACCAUGUUUUGUUCUCUUUUGGUCUCCCCAGUGUUCUUUCAUAUGUCGUUUUUACUGUUGAAAACAUUUUAAGAACCCUCAAAUAGGUAAUAUAGACUCAUGUUUGAUAGUUAGUGUAUAAACUAUUAAUUUCCCGUGCUACCAA